CGUACCAUUGUGCUAUCAUGGCUUUUCUCUUUACCCUUUCUAUUGCAGAUCUAAACAUCUCCACCAUGUGGAGUCGAUGGAAGGCAUCGAUUCUACUGUUAACGGCCUUCUGUUGGAUUGCUGAGCAUACGCCGACGGUGGCGGGUGUGGCCGGAGUGGCUGCCGGUUCUAGUCACAACUACAAGAUCAACCCGAAGCCCUGCUCAGUGAACGGUCUCGAGGGUACCUGCAUGUUCGUCUGGGAAUGCAUCAAAUCCGAGGGUCAGCACGUGGGCAUGUGCAUGGAUCAGUUCAUGUUCGGGUCCUGCUGUUCGCACAAUCUGACCGAAAAUGUGAUACCACAGAACUACCAGCAGACGUUGCUGGGCUACCGGCCGAAGCCAACGUCAUCGCCGUCCGGUGGCAAGUAUAAACCACCAAGGCCAAGUACUUUUGUUAGCAGUAAUGGCUACACCACCAUCUAUCGGCCGAAUGGCAGUGGCACGCUGGUGAUACGACCGUCCCACAACCAUCACCAGCAGUCACAUCCACAUCACACAUAUCAUCACAGCAAGCCAGGCAAUGGCGUUAGUAGUUCCAGUAGUAGUUCCGCUAGCAAUGGUGGCACGUUCGUCACCGGCAGCAAUCACUUUAGUCAAAAGCCUACAGAGGGCACUGUAAAUAAACAUUCUACCUUAUCGACGCUAGUACAGCAGCAAUCGGGACCGGUGGACCAGGAGAUGGCAGCCAGUGCAGCGACGGGCGUCUUUACCACCCACUGGCAGGCCACGACGGAGCCAAGUUUCAUUACGCGGACGAAACCGCCGAAACCAAACAAACCGUCGAAGAAACCGAUCCUGUCCAUCUCGAACAACAUUCAAAGCACCGUGCUGAAACCAAAACCAUCGGCAAAGCCGACCAAGCAAAGUACUACUAGUACAAGCACUAGUACCACCACCACCACGACGACAACGACGACCACCACUACGACACCGAGGCCUACUACAAGCAGAACCACGUCAACGUCCAGUACCACCACGACCACCAGCACUACUACCACGGCCAAGCCCACGACCACCAUUGCUUCCAGCAGCUCAACAGGUUCACAACUGCUCGCAGCAUCCCCAUCUGUGAUUGACGUCGACGAUGCCGCACCGUCCAUUUCAUCGUACACAACGGCACCGGGCCGAUAUACAAUUUCCGCAGCAAGAAACGCUGAAUGCGGCAUACAAACGAUGGGCCGCCCGGAGACAAGGAUCGUCGGUGGCAAAAAUGCUCCGUUCGGGCGCUGGCCAUGGCAGGUGUCAGUGCGACGAACGUCAUUUUUCGGAUUCUCGAGUACCCAUCGGUGCGGGGGCGCUGUCAUAAAUGACAACUGGAUAGCCACGGCGGGCCAUUGUGUCGAUGACCUUUUAACGUCGCAGAUUCGAAUACGAGUUGGCGAGUACGACUUCUCGCACGUGCAGGAACAACUGCCAUACAUCGAGCGGGGAGUCGCACGGAAGGUGGUCCAUCCGAAAUAUAACUUCUUCACGUACGAGUUCGAUCUGGCGCUGGUCAAGCUGGAGCAACCGCUCGUAUUUGCGCCCCACAUCAGUCCCAUCUGCUUGCCGGCGACGGACGAUCUGCUGAUCGGCGAGAACGCGACCGUUACCGGUUGGGGUCGCUUGAGCGAAGGCGGCACAUUGCCAUCCGUGCUGCAGGAGGUGUCCGUUCCGAUCGUAAGCAACGACCGGUGCAAGUCGAUGUUUCUGCGCGCCGGCCGACACGAGUUCAUACCGGACAUUUUCCUUUGCGCCGGCCACGAAACGGGCGGGCAGGACUCGUGCCAGGGAGAUUCGGGCGGUCCACUGCAGGUGAAAGGCAAGGAUGGGCACUACUUCCUAGCGGGCAUCAUAUCGUGGGGCAUUGGCUGUGCGGAAGCGAACCUGCCGGGUGUUUGUACGCGAAUAUCGAAGUUUGUGCCGUGGAUCAUGGAAACCGUUCUGUGAUAAUCACGCAGCGUUGAACCGAUGCCGACGGACAAUGUGGGAACAAAAACCAAGCAGCGAGAAGUGCAACGAGUCUUGAGUCGGUGGGUCGUACAUUUGGAGCGGCGUGAGAGUGAAACAAAAGCGCAUAAAACAAUCGAAACGGUGUGUGUAUAUAGCAUUGAUAAAGUAAGUUGAUCAUCAAACACCAAACAAGGGCGCUGAUGAAACGAGAGAAUGAGAGGUUCAUUAACAUUAAGAAGCUUUAUUUAAAAAAAUAUUCACUACUAUGCGCGCACAGGCGUCAAACAGAACAUUCAACUUAGGUGAAAUACUGACAGAAUCGAGUAGAAAAUUAAGCCCUUGUAACAACGCUUAAAACCCAUAAACUGCCGAGCAAAAGCACUCACAGCAAAUUAAACAACCGAAAGAAGCAACAAGGGUAGGGAAAUUGCAAGCGAAACAAACAUGUAAAUAUGACCGAGCGCUUUGCUAGAAGACUUAAAGGAAGGGUGCUACCGUCAAAGCGGUACGCAACUUGUGUAUGGUUUCGAGAGAAAAGUAAAACUAUUUGUCAGUGUAAAUAGAGUCCUCAGCGAAAGGGUAACAUAAACGAAUAACCAUCAAUAUAGGAAUAGGCGAUACGGAGAAAGAAACGUAAAAUGAAUUUGUACAUACCGAUUUGCGCGUGAUUAACUAGCCAGAAUGAAGUAACGAAUGUUUGGCCAAUCGCUUAUACUUGGUCCACAGUGUCCGCCCUAAUUAUGUUCAUUAAUAUUAUUAUUUUAUUAUGGCGGCUUUUUUUUUGUUUAUCUUGCAAUUUACAAACGUUAUUAGUGAUCGUGUUCGCAAUGGCAUUCCUGUUAAUAGCUGAUUAUUAUUCCUUCACA